CUUCCUAUAAUCAAUUCAGUUGUUCAACUGCAGGAAGAAAAAAAGAGCAUUGUAGACAGAUAUCAUGCAGUCCAAGAAGUUUGUCUCACUGUGCAGCAGUAUCUAGACACAAUAGCCUCUUUAGGAGAGAGAGUUAAAAACACAUUCAACUGGAGUGUGCCAUGGUUGUCAACUCUGGCUGUCGUUGCUCUGUUGACAGGGUGUGUUGUGCUUUUCUAUAUUCCACUUCGUUAUUUGCUGCUAGCCUGGGGUAUAAAUAAAUUCACAAAGAAGUUGCGUAAGCCAAAUGCUCUUUCGAAUAAUGAAUUAUUGGACUUCUUGUCUCGAGUUCCUUCAGAUGACGAACUG